UCACUGCGACCGCCCUCGACAACCCAAACACGACGAGCAUCGAUCGGCAACCACCUCAUUGACAUGGACAUCGACAACCACCGAGACUGCAGCAGCGGCUUCAUCAUCGGGAUCGGGAUGUGGAGCUGGCCACGCACAGAUCAUUUACAGAGAAGUGCCACAAAAUCAUGAGAGAAAGUGCUUCCCCUCUUUAUGAUCGGGUGCGGAACCUGACAGCAUUACGCUUGAGCACUCUCGCAUGAACGACCUGCAUCGAGGCUUGCCGAUCCAGUUUUCAUUAUUUGAUUCUGUUAUCAGAUGGGUCUCUACUUCAUCGUGUUCCAAUAGAGAGCUUCCGGUGCUUCGGUUGUGAUAAUCAACGCUUGUGCAAGCUCAGGGACUGUCAGAUAUUUCACCAUCAGUCGGAAGUAAUUUAGAACUGCCGGAAGUGGGUCAUUCGUUUUUGCAUUCUUAUUUUUAUUUUCAUCUCACUGAAGGAGGAUGCUGCGACUGUCGGAUGUCUUUUUUCGUCGUCGUUUAUCUGCACCUGAUCUCCUGGAUCAGUUACUACACUGGAAUAAAUGCGUCCGCUUGAACUACUGAUCUGCAUCGAUUCCAGGGAAGACUGUGCAGUUAAGGUACGCGUCUCGACAAACAGUUUCUUUUUCCCAGGCAGCGGGAGUAGCUUCUGAUCCCUGAUCUAGGAUUUGGUUUCCGUUUUAGUACUGGUCGAUUUGGCUAUCUUCGAUGAUUGAACUAGCCUGUGCUAGACUGCCCGACUCGCUCGAUGGCUACCAUUGAACUUUCCCCUCUGAAUGAAAUGAUGCAAUUGGAGUGUAAUAUUCUGGAGUUCGAUACCCUUGCAUUUUGUCGUCUCCGAAGUUAAUCAGCUCACAGAAGCGGAGGUGCGUGCCAUGUGAGUCCAAUCCGUCGGUCAACACAACGAAACAGCUCAUUUCUGCCCGACUGACAGGGGGCAUCUGUUCAAAGUAAAAAUCAGGUUCAUUGCUAACACUGCAACUUAAAAUCAGUCCUCCUCUAAAUCUCAAAGUUAAACUCACUGAUCUCCGGAGGGAAUAUUGAUGUGCAAUCCACACUGUCAACAAGAUUUCUCGGACUAAUCAGGUUGAACAUGCCCUGCCGAAGACCAACCAAUUCCAUCCCAAGUGCCAGCCAUGAGAGAGAAAAAAAAAACAAAAAAAAAAAUGUUCACAUUCAGCUUACACGUGUGCACAUGGCUGCACUUGAAGUUUUGGUCACGGACUUUAAAAGUAGGUGUGUUCGCAUUGUCGUGUCUCGACGGCAUUGAAUGCGGCGACAAUGAAAAAAUUGAGUUGAGGGAUAGGUAGAGCACGCAUUAGAAUUCGAGAGCUCACUCUAGUCCACUUUGCAGGUAGCCACAUUUCAUAUCACAUCAAUUUUUCCGAUUUUCUUGAGCUGGGAAUGCCUUCAGAGCCCCAUCUGUCUUCAUCAAUCAAAACGUUUACGAGUUGUGGCUCAAUUCUUCGUGUUGUGAUGUGCAGGGGGUUGAUAAGCAAGCCAUAAUGACUGAAGUAAUGAACCAGUUGCCAAGGGUCGCUGUUUUGCAAUGGAUGGCGACAAUGUUGGUUCUCUUCAGCAGAGUUUUGUCAUCCCUGGCUAAGGACCCAUUAAUGCCAGCCAUGUUCAUCCUUGGUGACUCGCUCGUGGAUGUCGGCAACAACAACUAUGUUCUUACUCUCGCCAAGGCAAAUUAUCCUCCUAAUGGGCUGGACUUCCCGCAGGGACCGUCUGGAAGGUUUUGCAAUGGCCGCACCGUUUCCGAUUGCCUGGUUCAAUACAUGGGCCUUCCCUUCCCACCCGCAUACUUGGAUCCGACGGCGAAAGGACCCGUCAUUCUUCAGGGGUUGAACUAUGCCUCUGUUGCCGCCGGUAUCCUCGACUCCACUGGCUAUAACUAUGUGAGCCAACUGAUGUCAAGUCUGCCUGGAUCAAUCUAUGUGUAUGCAAAUGCGUAUGACCUAGUGGCCUCAUUCGUUGCCAACCCAGCACGAUAUGGAUUUGAGGUAGUGAAUUCGGGCUGUUGCGGAGCCGGCCCCUAUGAUGGUUUAAUACCGUGUCUUCCAAUUGUGAAGCCGUGCCCUGACCGGUCGGCCUACCUAUUCUGGGAUCCCUUUCAUCCCACAGACAAAGCCAACUCGUACAUUGGCACAGCUUUCUUCUCCGGUGGCCCAGAUGCGUUCGAGCCCGUGAAUGUAAUGCAGCUUGCAGCAAUGCCUUAGAACUGCAUUGGUACUGAAGCGCCUCACCUGCCUGCACUCAACUCGAUCUCGAACACUCAAGAUAGUAUCUGUAUCUACCACUUCUGUAUGUGUGUGUACGUAUUCAGAUUUCACUGGAAGUUGGCGUAUAAUUGUCAGGCCAUGAAGGACUUGAUUAUAAAUUAACUACUUAAGCAACACACGAGAUUGUGACGAAGGCACUAAAAGUUAGUCGCAACAGAAAUAGCAGAAAUGUCAUGCAAUUCAGCACUUUGAGCUGUAAUUUCAUGUCGAAUAUUGAACGAUUUGGCUGAACUCUGUAGAUUGUACAAGAGGUAAAGCCUCAUCAAGAGAGAUAAUGUUCACAUGAGAAU